AUGUUAGUUCUUGUGACUGUUCACUCUGCAACAAUUGAAAGAGACAAAUAUAACAAGAGAAUUUUUGCUUCUGGAACUGUCACAAUCAUUAAUGCCUCCAAAUUCUACUUCGUUCCCUAUGAAAAGAAUUUCUCCACGGGUGAAAUGUGUAGUAAGGGCGAAACGCUCAAGGAAGUCUUACCUGGAAAAACAAACGUUUACUGUAUCCAGGGUACCACUAGCGUCAAUGGAGAGUUCUCUUUUUAUGUACAAGAUAUUGAUGACGUGAAAAUCGGAAAUUUUACGCUCAAAUUUAAUCGUCAAAUUAUUUUUGGUAAUGAUGCUAGCGUUCAUGUUUCGAGAAGUGGAAAAGAAUAUGCUAUUGAUGCAGAUCAUUAUAAAAUUACAGGAAAUAAUUUCAUUUUCACCGUUUCUGUUGACUCUUUGAAAAAACCAAAUUGA